AUGCCUGUUGGUCUCGCCUGCCGCCUCCGUUGUUAUCGCCUCGCCUUUCGAUGUCUCCAUACCACGGUGGCCCUUCCGAAAAAUAACAGCCAACGUUAUAGGGUGCACUCCAGUCCUGGCAACACUAGCUGCAAGGCGACGUCGCGGCGAGAGUCUGUGGCGAACCUGCGUGCUGCGUCUUCGCGGGCCAGAUGGGAGGCAGAAGGGGUGGCGGAGGCAAAAGUGAAGGGUUUGCGUCCUCCGCCUACCUUUAAUGUCUUCUUCGCUGAGCGGUUUGAGCGGAAACGUUGGCCUCUGAGGGAUGCCGUGGCAAUGCUGCGGGAGGCUGCCGCACCAGAAAUGUUUAACUGUCUAGAGAAUGCGCUUUACGCAAAGGUGACACUGAAUCAGCGUACCAAGAAGGCGAACAAGUUCAUUAGUAAGUUGGAAACCUCAACCACACUGCCACAUCAACUGGACUUUCUCCCCAAACGGCGCAUCAUUGUUCUCACCAAUGUAAGAACUGCUGCUGCGUUUCUCAUUUUAUCACCUUUGAUUCGUCAUCCACUUCUCGACUUCCUC